GCCGCGCGUGCGCGUAGCGGCGCCCUCCGGAGCGGCGUGUGGGGCUGCCGGCGCGGCUCGGGGUCCCGACCCGCCGUGUGAGGGCGGGCGGCGCGGCGGGCGAGAGGGCGCUGACGGGAGCAGGAGCAAAAACCAGAUAUGUGUUAGGAGCUUUGUGAACAGUCCUGGAAGGUGCUGUGGGUGUUAUUUGGCUGCUUCAGAAAGCUGAGUUAUGUGAAGGUGGAGCCCCAAAGAAGAUAAUCUGAUGUGCUGUGGGAGAUACUGUCUUUAAAAUGCCAUUUUUUGGAGCCAAAUGAAGUGAGUCCUGUUGGGUGAGUCCGGAGCUCUUUUGCUGCCAUGAGUUGUGCAUGAACGACAGAGCUACAGGGGAGCGACCUGAACUGAGCCUUCCUUGUGUCUCACCGAGGGAAUGAUAACUAAAGCUCUGCAAAUCCAUCUGUACCAUGGAAGAGCCAUUCUUCAGGCUGCUCCUUUGUCGCUGGCAGCAGCAGGAUGAGAGCAGCUCGAAAAUCAGGCUCCUGUGUGGGGUGAGCUCCCACGGCCGGCUCUGGAUGUGAUGGAUGGGAUAAUGCUGCUUGUCACUGCUCAGGGUCAAAGUGUCACAUAGAAAACGUAAUAAUAGCAUCUGUAAGUAACUGUCAGUAAUGUCUGUCUACCUUUCUUUGGUUUGUAACAGGGAAAGUUUUGCUGUACAGUGAGAGAGGUGAGAGUGGACACCUUGCUGGUUUGUAUCCCGGCCUUUUCUUCCAUCCUCAUCCAACGUAGGUUUGAGAAAACAAACUCCACUGCUGCUUUUCCCAGUGCUUAGCCUAUCCCUCUCCUGUGAAGUGGGAGCAGCACUCUGUAUUCACAUCACAUAUCCUGUCAUCGCUUAGGAAUAUCGGAAAAGGGAGAUCUCCUCUCGUGAUCCCAAGGAUCUGGCAGACAGACAGGGUGCUCUGCUGCUAUUCGUGCUCAGCAGGCACCUGGCUUUUGCUGUGUAAGGCCAGACACCUUCACUUUCCAGGAUUAGAAGCGUGGUGCUUGUGUUAGCGACAUGGAAUCAGCAGAGCCCUAAAUGAGUUCUGUUUGCUCUCUUGUUUUUUUUUCCCCUAAGCCGCGCGGGGGAAGCCUUUGUUAUUUCCAGAUUGAGAAAUAAGUGCUGCAGGCAGACCCUAAAGCCUUUUCAAGCUGCGCCCUGCGUGAAGGAUGUGCUGUCUGCUUUGGAGCCAGCUAGCAAAAUAUAAAGCAGUUCUGUUCUGCAAGGAAAACGUCUGUCCAUAGGCAGGAAGUCUGCAUUCUGCGUAAGUGGGUGUUGUGUGGGAGUUUGUGUAGAAGCAAGCUUGACACGUCCAACUGUGAGCAGGAAGUCAGGCUGCCCAGUGCAGAACCAGUAGGAAACGGCAUUCUGCUUUUUCACAUCCCUGUUUUCAAAACGGAUACACAGCUGGAAGUGCUCUGUCCGUCUGUGUCAGCUGGCCGGGCUUUGUCCCUGUGGCUGUCUGAGCGCGUGCUGGCCUUGCAGCAGGCAGACUGCUGGGCACUGCUCUGUACAGGGAGCAAAGCCGAGGCGUGGCAGUGCCUCUUACAGCAUUUCUGUGCCUCAUUGCUUUUCCAGCCCGGCCAGGAGUCUGCUGGAUGCCUUGUGGUAGGAGACACGGCACAGAGUUCCUUCCAGUUCAUCUUUUGCUGGGACUGGGACAGCUGGACCCUGAGGGACACUGCUGCAGUCCAUGACGGUGCAGGCUCCUACCACCCCUUCUAGGCCUGCCGUAGGCUGUCGUGUCCUCUGAUGGAGGAUUCCUACAGGGAAUUGGGAUGAGGGCAGCUGAAGUCCCACAGCUUUUCAUUCCCAGUCACCAGCUGAGGUUGGAAGUGAGCAGGAAGGCUUCCCUGACACCUCCCUCCUGCACCCGGAGCAGCGUGAGGCCAAUUGUUUGUAAACAUCUCAGGUCUACAAACCUAUUUCAAGGUAUUUCCUGCAGUCAUCUGGGUUUACCGAUAUCACACUGAAUGCUUAGCCAGGAGCCCAUGCAGUGCUGCGUGGGAUUCUGCACACUUCCAAAGGCAGGGGUCAGGGUAACAGGGCCAGAAGCUACUGUGUCAUUUCCCCGUGCUCGGAGGUAUGGCAGUGCUGUGCUCACUCACCUGCUUAUCUGUGAAGCUGGACUUUUCUUCUGACUGUAUGCGCACAGAGCAAAUAUUGACUCGUGGAACUAAUGGCAUUUGUGGCUCCAGGACGUGCCUUCACCUGGCUCAAGGGGAAACUGCUGGGGGAAGGGAAGGCAGAGGGCUCUUUCUGUGCCAUAAUUUAGGUGAGUCAGGGUUUGAGCUCCGAAAACAAAGCUUCCCAAGUGUGAGGGCACAAAAAUGAGCUGCCUGAUUCACUACAAGCUUUUUGUCUUCAUUUGUAAGAGAAGGAGGUUCUGUAUGUUUAAUUGGUCGCGAUCUACUUGGGGUUCUAAAAGCUGAAUUGGAAGGGGCUUCCAGAAUUACACCGAAGCGUGUGGCCUCCUGGCGAGGACUGUGGCUUUGCUAUUGCUCUUACUUCUCCUACAGCUCUGUAAAUAAAAGACCAUAGCAGUGAGCAGUGGAGGCCAACUGACAGUCUGUGUUCAAAUUCAGCAUGGUGGUUAAAAUCGGCAGGGGAGGAACACGCCUGGGAAGGAGUUUUUGUGCCAAAAUAAAGAUCCUACUGAAAAGCUCCAGGCAGCAUUGCUCCACUAGGAACAAUUUCUUCUCAGUAAGAGCGGUGCUGCAGUGGCACAGCUGCACAGGGAGGUGGUGCAGUCACCGUCCCUGGAGGUGUUCCAGAGCCGUGUGGAUGUGGCACUGAGGACGUGGUCAGUGGGCAUGGUGGGGAUGGGCUGGCGGUUGGACUGGGUGAUCUUAGAGGUCUUUUUCAUCUGUAAUGGCUCUGUGAUUCAUGCCUAGCGCAUCCAGGCACUACCACAACAGGGUUAAGUGGAGAUCACGUGGCAAAAGAAGCCAAGCGAGUAAAACAUAGGCAGCAGGAGAUUGUUAUCUGGUGUUUGCAGGAAGGCAGGUAUUUGAAAUCUUUCGCAUUGCAGCUGUGUGGAAGGGCAAGUUUGUCCAGAGGAGGCCUGGUGCUGUCAAGUGGAGUGGUUUGCAGUCAGAAGUGGCUUUACUGAAAAGGGAAGCUGGAAAAUCCAUUCAAAGCAUGCGAGCAUUAGCUUCUCCCAGGUUCUUUCCCAAGACAGUGACCUCUCACCCCUAAGAACAGCAUUCCUGGACCUGCUGACAGCCCCUGCCCCUCGGCCUUACCUAGCACAAUGUCAGGCCAUCACACUCCCUCUGCUGGGGGUCCCUUCUCAGCACUCACACCCAGCAUUUGGCCGCAGGAGAUCCUGGCGAAAUACACACAGAAGGAAGAAUCCAUUGAGCAGCCAGAGUUCCGCUAUGACGAAUUCGGUUUCCGAGUUGAUAAGGAAGACAGUGCUGAGCCAAACUCCAGCAAGCUUCUGGGGCUCCCGCUGACAGAGGAGCCACAGCAGAGGCUCAAGUGGCAGGCUCAUCUGGAAUUCACACACAACCACGACGUGGGUGACCUCACUUGGGACAAAAUUGAGGUCACCCUCCCACAUUCAGACAAACUGCGCUCCCUGGUGCUGGCUGGCAUCCCACACAGCAUGAGGCCGCAGCUGUGGAUGCGCCUGUCUGGGGCCUUGCAGAAGAAGAGAAAUUCAGAGAUGUCAUAUCGUGAUAUCGUGAAAAACAGCUCAAAUGAUGAAACCAUUGCUGCCAAACAGAUUGAGAAAGACCUGCUCCGCACAAUGCCCAGCAACGCCUGCUUCUCCAACAUGAACAGUAUUGGGGUGCCACGGCUACGCAGAAUACUACGGGGACUUGCCUGGCUCUACCCGGAGAUUGGAUAUUGCCAAGGCACUGGCAUGGUGGCCGCCUCUCUGCUGCUCUUCUUGGAGGAGGAAGAUGCCUUCUGGAUGAUGUGUGCUAUCAUUGAGGAACUGGUUCCCGCCUCCUACUUCAGUACCACCCUGAUGGGGGUGCAGACAGACCAGCGUGUCCUGCGACAGCUCAUUGUACAGUACCUACCCCGUCUGGACAAGCUGCUCCAGGAGCAUGACAUUGAGCUGUCCCUGAUCACCUUGCACUGGUUCCUCACCUCCUUCGCUAGUGUUGUCCACAUCAAGCUGCUGCUGCGCAUCUGGGACCUCUUCUUCUAUGAGGGCUCUCUGGUGCUGUUCCAGCUCACUUUGGGCAUGCUCAGUAUGAAGGAGGAUGAGCUAAUCCAGUCUGAGAACUCCGCCUCAAUCUUCAACACACUCUCGGACAUCCCAAGUCAGAUAGAAGAUGCAGAUGUGCUGCUGCGGGAGGCCAUGCGCGUGGCCGGCUCACUGACAGAUGUGGCGGUGGAGACCCAGCGUCGCAAACACUUGGCCUACCUCAUUGCUGACCAGGGGCAGCUGCUCAACUCCAGCACCACUGUCAACAAUUUAUCCAAAAUCGUGCGGCGCAGGACUCAGCGCAGGAAAUCUGGCAUCACCUCUCUGCUAUUUGGGGAUGAUGACUUGGAGGCACUGAAAGCCAAGAACAUCAAGCAGACAGAGCUGGUGGCCGACCUCCGCGAGGCCAUUCUGCAGGUGGCACGGCACUUCCAGUGUGUGGAUCCCAAGAACUGCAGCAUUGAUCUGACUCCAGACUACAGUAUGGAGAGCCACCAGCGGGAUCAUGAGAACUACGUGGCCUGUUCCCGCAACCGACGGCGCCGUGCCAAGGCACUGCUGGACUUUGAGCGUCACGAUGACGACGAGCUGGGCUUCCGCAAGAAUGACAUCAUUACGAUCAUUUCCCAAAAGGAUGAGCACUGUUGGGUUGGAGAGCUGAAUGGACUGAGAGGUUGGUUUCCUGCAAAAUUUGUGGAGAUCUUGGAUGAGAGGAGCAAAGAGUACUCCAUUGCUGGGGAUGACUCAGUCACAGAGGGGGUGACAGACUUGGUGCGAGGGACGCUUUGUCCUGCCUUGAAGUCCAUAUUUGAACACGGAUUGAAGAAGCCAUCGCUGCUGGGGGGUGCCUGCCAUCCUUGGCUGUUCAUUGAAGAGGCUGCAAGCAGGGAAGUGGAACGGGACUUUGACUCUGUGUAUUCUCGCCUCGUGCUCUGCAAGACUUACAGGCUGGAUGAAGAUGGCAAAGUCCUCACUCCAGAGGAGCUGCUUUAUCGGGCAGUUCAGGCUGUGAACAUGACGCACGACGCUGCACACGCACAGAUGGAUGUGAAACUUCGUUCCCUCAUCUGCGUUGGGCUCAAUGAACAAGUGCUGCAUUUGUGGCUGGAGGUGCUGUGUUCAAGCCUGCAGACCGUGGAGAAGUGGUUUCAUCCCUGGUCGUUCCUGCGCAGCCCUGGAUGGGUCCAGAUCAAGUGUGAGCUGAGAGUGCUCUGCAAAUUUGCCUUCAGCCUGUCUCAGGACUGGGAGCUGCCAAUAAAGAGGGAGGAGAAGGAGAAGAAACCGCUGAAGGAAGGCGUGCAGGACAUGCUCGUGAAACACCACCUCUUCAGCUGGGACAUAGAUGGGUGACCUCCACCCCACUGUGCCCCGGGAGCCUUCUCCGUGGCGUGCACUCCUUUCCCCAACCCCCAUCAUCUCACAUCCCCUUCCUUCACUUCCUCCCCCUCCCCACACUCGUAUCUGUGACAGAAUCCCCUCGGGGGGCUGCCAGUCCACCCGGGACCGACGCAGCGUGGCCUUGUGGCACUGCUGCCAGACCCGAGGGAGGUGACGGUCGAGGCUGAUGCUGCACAGGGACACGUGUGUUCUGACCAGAAAAAUGAGUGCCCCCUCCCAGCCUUCCCCACCUCUGCUACCCCCGUUGCCCUGGGGAGAGGGGCUGCAGGCCCAGCCGCUGCGUGCCAGCGUUUCCAGUGCUGCCGUAGGUGUGGGGCUGAGGCAAUCCUGGCGGGAUGGCUUUGAUCCGUGAAGGGUGGCACUGCAGAUGCAGGUGGAACCGAACUGGUGAGGGACUUAGCGCUGUGCGGAGCAGGGCUGGCACGCAGCCCGCCUCGUGCCAUCCGAGGGCUCACCUCCAAGGGGAGGGGGACGGCAGAACCGAAGCGCUUGGAUGGGUUUGCCCGACCCGGAGCCAGGGCAGAGAAGAGGGAACCGCAAUCAGCCUCAUCCCACUUCUCUGACACUGGUGUGUGGGAUGUCGACAAGAGGUGCCUAAGAGCACCGGCCUGUUACUGCUCUUACAGCCCCAGGGGAUGGGCUUUGUCUCCUCUGGGAGCAGAUGAAAACCGACACUCCCCUAAAAGAGUGUUUCAUGCUGUCAUUUUAGUCUCUACGUGAUUUUUACUGUUAACCAAAAAGCUGUAAAUUAACUCCGGGAACGUGUGUAUAUUUUGGCACUGUCGUAGCUCAGGAUGGGGUUCAGGUUGGAGCCGGCUCAGGGAGACCGACUGGUCCUCCUCGCCCUGCGGCGGGGCAGGGACGCCAGGCGGGAGUGGAGAAUUGCUGCUUUGUGGUGGUGGCUCUGGAUAUAUAUGGAGUCUGUGACUUUCUACUGAAAGCGCUUGUCAGUGAGCACAAACUACUACAUGAGAUGACACUAGAUUCUUACUUUACUUUAUUCUGUGGGUUUGUAAAUAAACUGCAUCUUGGGAGA